AUGAAUUUGCAAUAUUAUCAAUACCUAGCGACCUAUCUCGAAAACACGAAAGUUCCUGAUGGCCUCAAUCAAGCUCAACAAAGAAAUUUCAAAAGACAAGCUGCCUAUUACCUCAUUAUUAAUAACCAAUUAUAUCGUAAGAAUAAAAAACAAAGUGAAUAUCUAUUACGCAUAAUUAAAGAAGAUGAAUUGGAGCAGGGAAGAAAAGAAGGUCCAGAAGAGGCGUUGGAACAAUCUUUGGACCAAUACAUAGAAAAGAUCACCAAAAAUAUCAGAAAUGCGCAAGAAAAACAAAAAGGAUACUAUGAUAAGAAUAUAAGGCCUAUAGAGUUUAAAAUAGGUGAUCAAGUCCUCCUAUACGAAUUAGCCAAAGAGAAGGUCUACAACGACAAACUUAGAGAAAAGUGGAAGCCCCUAUUUCGUCCACGAUUACAGAGAGCCGGGAACCUACAAACUAUGAACAGUAGAAGGAAAAGUCCUCAAAAAUCUAGUGAAUACAGAUUGACUAAAGAAAUAUUAUGA